UUUUUCCGGAUAUCGAAGUUCCUGUUGCACGAUUUUACCUUAAAUAUUGUUUUUGCAGUUAUUGAAGCUUCACUGGUGUGGUUUUUCGAUAAAGCUUUGGCCAGUUUCAUCAAGCGAACAUGAAUGUUCCGUGUGCCAACGCGAACUCAAAAUAGUGCAUCGCUGUGGUCCGCUUAUCAUGCCUCUGGCGCCUGCAAACCAGUCACAACUGAUACGGUCCGGCCAGAAGGACGAACAUUACCAAAGUUUUCUGAGAAACAACGCCAACGAGGCUUUUCAGACAUUUGCUGGAUCAAAGCGAUGGUUGGACUGGAGGAGAGAGGUUGAACUGUUGUCUGACCUGGCAUAUUAUGGUUUGACCACAUUCUCAGGCUACCAAACCUUAGGCGAAGAGUAUGUCAGCAUUGUCCAGGUGGACCCCAGCAAAAGUCGGGUCCCCUCCCGCAUCAGACGAGGCCUCCUGGUCCUCUGCUACACUUUAGUGCCUUACCUCGUAGACAAGGUCCUGGUGUGCUUUGAGAAUGAGUUAGAAGCUGGAGAGGAGAACCAGAGGGACGGGGAGCUGUGGCGAGGAGCAUCCAGCCCAUGGAGUCUGGGAGGCUGGGUGAAGGGCUGGGUACGGAGGGCUGUGGGGAUGCUGUCGCAGUCUCAGCGGAGGGCCUUUGCUCCAGCUGUGUUCGCCCUCCAGCAGGGUCUUACCAUCUUCCAACGUAUCCAUGUGGCGCUGUUUUAUAUCAGCGGGAGAUACUAUCACUUGUCUAAGAGGACAGCUGGUGUUAGCUAUCUGCAGGUGUCGGGUGUGGGUGGUGAAGACCGGGGUAUCAGGACUGCCUACAGGUUUCUGGGAGCCAUGUCCCUCCUCCAGCUGGCUGUCACUGUGGCCCUGCAGCUGAACAACUUUAGACAGAGACAGAGAGCUAGGCAGGAGUGGAAACUCUACAGGAACCUGACCUCCAGUCCCCAACAUGAAGCAGUCUCCUCCUUGCGCACUGCUCGCUGUAUCCUGUGCUUAGAGGAAAGAAGACACUCUACCUCCACCCCCUGUGGCCAUCUCUUCUGCUGGGGGUGCAUCACUGAGUGGUGCAACACCAAGAUGGAGUGUCCCCUGUGUCGGGAGAAGUUCCAGCCUCACAGACUUAUAUAUCUGAGGAACUACGCUUAAACAGGCAAAAACCACAGACCUGACAAAAUAUACAUUCACAGGCAUGGAAAGACUCUUGUUUUGCAGGAUGUUGUUUUCUUUAAAGGCAGUGAAGACAAGUCACCUCUGAGAAUUGUACUGAAGACAUGAAAAGCAAAAUUUUCCAGCUGUCACUGAUCACAGAGAAAAUAAUUAUUUUGUUUCAGAGAAGAACUUUUAUUUAUUGAUAAUUUAAUUGAAUGAUUGUAUCGUUGUAUAAAUAUACAUUAAUUUCAACUUACUAAAACAUGCACACUAUUAAAUAAG